AUGCAUUUCUAGAGAGAGAAAAGCGUGUGCUUUAGAGAGAGAGAGAGAGAGAGAGAGAGGAAAAAGAAAUGGGUCUUUCUCUAGAGCGAGAGAGAGUGAGUAACAGUCGUUGUGGACUUCCUGCUUACUGACGAUGUCAACGAUCUAGGCCGAAAUCUGCUCCAAUUGCAUCAGUUGUUCGUUUCUGCUAUGGAAGGUAUAUCUUCAGAUCGGGAUUCAGUGGAGUCCGCAGCCAGAAAGUCCAGUAUUUCCUCAGGUGGUAGAACUCAAGAUAGGAAGGAAUUUCUGCGUAGAUUUGUGGACAGUGAAACCCUGAAAGCAUACCUUACGGAUUGGCUUGAGGAUCUCGCUCAAGAUAAUGGGACGCCUUCAUUUGAUGUUCCUUUUGAGUUAAUAGACCUUCAGAAGUUUGAUUAUGCUCUAGAAGGUGUUCCAUUUCAGCAAUUAAUUCGUAUGCCUAGUGCCAUAUACGCGUCAUCAUCCAGCACAGUUGAAGCAACUGCUUAUCUUGCUCUUGAGGACUUUUUGCAUGCAAGUGCGAGUGGUUUGUGGGAAGCUUUUUGGGGUGCUGAAAACGAUCUAAUGCCUUUCUAUAUCUCGUCUUUGUAUGAUCGGAACUUGAGAUUUUACCAAGCUGAGCAGGCUAUUGCCAAAGGUAAACUUGAAGGGCUUUGUGCCUCGGCUAUAAUGCUCAAAAACCCGAGACAUCCACAAGGGAAGUGGGAUGAUAUUAUUGCCUUCGCCCUGCUUAGACCUGAUAUUGGAGGUCUUACCUCAGCAGAUGAGGACCCUAAGCCCUCCACUUCUAUUAUGGGCGAAGCUUUAUUCUUUGCUCUUCGUGUUUUGCUUGCAAGAAGUAUCAGCAGAUCCAACAUUCCUGUGAGUUUGAAUUCCGUUUUUGUACUUCUAGUCGAUUCUCAAUACGGCGGUGUUGUUAAAAUCGAAGGUGAUCUGAGUAAGCUGGAAUUCGAUCUAAAUAACGUCUACGAAUCUGCUGCAGCAUGGAUCAAGAACCAUUCGCAGAUUGCAAUUUCCCCAGUUGAUAGGAUAUGGAACAAGCUCGGAAAUGCCAACUGGGGUGACAUUGGGGCUUUGCAGGUACUUUAUGCUACAUUUCAUUCCAUAUCGCAAUAUGCUGGAACACCUAAAAACACAAUUGAAGAUUUAGCAGCUGACCACAGUUCCCGUCUUCAAGCAAGGAGGAUCGAGAGGCAAUUGGAGGAUAAUACAAGGGUGAACGGUAAUGGGUUGUUCCGCUUUCAGCAUCGCACUGCUUCUCCUGAAAUUGUGGAAGUACAAGAAGAGUCCAUUAAAGUGGACUCAAGAAAAUCUCUGAAGCUAGAAGCAGGGUCUAUUUUGAUGAUAGAUGAUGCCACCUGGCAAAAGGGUUAUCAGAUAGACGAAGUUCUAAACGAUGGGGAGAUUCUGUUUUACAUUGCGUCUUCUCUUGAAGAUCCCGGAAAGUCUCUCUUUCUGUACGUCGGCUCACAUCCUUCACAGUUAGAGCCCGCAUGGCAAGACAUGAAUCUGUGGUACCAUGUUCAGAGGCAAACGAAAGUACUGAGUGUAAUGAAACAGAAAGGAAUAUCCAGUAAGUAUAUUCCCGAACUGUCAGCAUCGGGGCGGGUAGUUCAUCCAGGCCAUUGUCGGAAACCGAGCACAGGUGGAAACUGUGACCACCCAUGGUGCGGAACCCCUGUCCUAGUCACCACUCCGGUGGGACAAACUGUGGCUGAUAUGGUAAGAGAAGGGCGUUUUGGUCCAGACGAGGCUAUAAGGUGCUGCCAUGAUUGCUUAUCUGCUCUCUCUGCUUCUGCUUCGUUUGGAAUUCGACAUGGAGAUAUCAGGCCAGAAAAUGUAAUAUGCGUGAAAUCUGGUAUGGGGCGGCCUUAUUAUGUCCUUAUAGGGUGGGGGCAUGCGAUUUUAGAAGAAAGAGACCGUCCAGCAUUAAAUCUCCAUUUUUCUUCCACUGCGGCUCUUCAAGAAGGGAAAUUGUGCUCUGCUUCUGAUGCAGAAAGCCUGGUGUAUAUGCUCUAUUUUUGUUGUGGUGUGGAAUUGCCCGUUUUGGAUUCGGUUGAAGGAGCAUUGCAAUGGAGAGAAACUUCUUGGUCGAGGAGGCUGAUUCAGCAGAAACUAGGCGACAUAUCUGCUGUAGUGAAAGCGUUUGCGGACUAUGUUGACAGCCUAUGCGGCACACCAUAUCCUGUUGUGUAUGAAAUCUGGUUAAGGAGGUUGAAGAAACAAAUUAGUGAAGAAGGUAGCGGAAAGGAAGUUGAAACAACGUCUUCUUAGAAUGUAAACCGUUUUUCCUUUUCUUAAGAGUGAAAGGAGGGUCUUUAUCCCGUUUUGCCUGUUUCGAUUCUAGUUCAAUGGUUGGGGAAAGUGAUUUUCUGCUUCUGGAAAGAGAAGUGUGGUUUGUUCGGUGAUAGGGCUGUUCCUGUUGGUACUCGUGUACAGCAAAACAACCGCUCGAGGAAAUGCCGAGGCGAAAAAGAGCUAGAAAACAAGCUCUGAUUCUUGUUUGUAUACGUUGUUGUUGUUAUAGGUUUUGCUGCAUCUGUAAAGGGGAUGUCAUAAUAUUGUGUCAGUUGUUAUUAAUUCUUGUAAAGAAAAGAGAUGCUCAGGAUUGUUUCAUGUUUUUUGUUGACUUUUUACUGUUUCCUGCAAAAUAUAGCAGUUUGUUAGACGCCGUGCCAUAAUUUUUGUUCGUGGGCUGGGCCUCAGUUUUUCUUUCAUGGGCCGUACCCAGGUUUUGUUCUUGGGUUGG